AUGAGGUACAGUAGCAAGAGUUUGCUCCUGGCUGCUUUGAUGUCAGUGUUGCUACUCCACCUCUGCAGCAAGUCAGAAGCAGCAAGCAACUUUGACUGCUGCCUCCAAUAUACAGAAAAAAUCCUUCAUCCCAAAUUUAUCGUGGGCUUCACACAGCAGCUGGCCAAUGAAGCUUGUGACAUCAAUGCAGUCAUCUUAUACACAAGGAGAAGAUUAGCUGUGUGUGCAGAUCCAAAGAAGAAUUGGGUGAAACAAGCAGUGCAUAUCCUCAGUCAAAGAGUCAAGAAGAUGUAA